AUGGCUACAGGAGGUAUUGCUGUUCUCCUGUCUAGCACGCCGCAUCAAUUCCCUGGAUUGCAGACCAUUGGCAAGAUUGUCUACAUCCUCAAUAUCGUCCUCUUCCUGUGUAUAUCUGCCUGUCUGAUCAUUCGUUUCCUAACCAAGUGCUCAGCGCUGAAAGAAUCCUUCCAAGAGCCCAAUGAAAGCCACUUUAUGGGAACAUGUCUACUGGCCCUGGCAACAGUCAUCCUGGGAGCCGAGAAUUAUGGAACAGAAGCAUGUGGCCCCUGGCUGCAGGUUGCCCUUCGCAUCGUCUUUUGGAUCUACGUCGCCCUCUCGAUCAUCCAGGCCAUCUGGCAUAACUGGUACCUCUACCAUAUCCGCAUGGCCAGUCGCCAGCCGUUUGCCCUCGUCCGUCUUCUCCCUUCGUUUCCGGCCAUGCUGACAGGGACGAUCGCAUCAGUGCUGGCAUCGCAUCAGCCUCGUCAUCAUGCCCUCCCAAUUCUCAUCGGGGGGACCACCUUCCAAGGUUUUGGAUUUAUCAUGUCACUAUUCAUCUACUCCGAGUACUUCUAUCGACUCAACAAGGACGGACUCCCGAAGGCAUCUGAUCGACCCGAAAUGUUUAUCGCCGUGGGACCAUGGAGUUUCACGGCCCUCGCCCUGAUCGGGAUGGCAGAAGCAGCCGUGAAGCAGUUUCCUGAGCAGUACAUCAUUUCCUACGCGGACGCCUCCACUAGCCAGCAAGUGUCUAUCACGACAGGAGACAUUGCACUGGUGCUCGCGGCGCUGGUCGCAAUCUUCCUAUGGGCAAUGGCAGCCUUUUGCCUUUGCAUUCUGCACUCAGCGUCUUGGCGCAGUGUUGUGUUUUCGGAGGGACCGGAGCGCCGGGCAUGUCGCUUCCAUACUGGAGUGUUGCAGUCACCGGCGAUUCUGUGGGUUGGGACGGGGUUGACGAUUGCCCAGGUGGCUAUCUGGUUGUGUGUGGGUGUGGGCACGAUAUGGGCUGUUGCUUCGCGGCGGAUGCUGUGGCCUGAGACCGGGGAUAAGGAGGCUUAA